ACAAAAAAACACAGCUUGGUGGCCGGCUGUACCUGGUUUGUUUGUGCACUUCAAACGUCCGGCAUGGCUUGGACAAAAUACCAGCUGUUCCUUGCGGGACUCAUGCUCACAACUGGCUCUAUCAACACAUUAUCUGCAAAAUGGGCUGAUAUGUUCACGGCGAAGGGUUGCCGUGAUGACCCUGAACAUGGAUUCUCUCACCCAUUUUUGCAGGCAGUGGGUAUGUUUCUGGGGGAGUUCAGCUGUCUUGCAGUCUUCUACAUCUUGCUUUGCCAUGACAGACGUAGUCCAGAGCCCCGGAUGAAUCCAGGCCAGAGCUUCAACCCUCUCCUCUUCUUCCCCCCUGCCAUGUGCGACAUGACGGCCACCUCCAUCAUGUAUGUUGCACUCAACAUGACCAGCGCCUCCAGCUUCCAGAUGCUGCGUGGAGCAGUUAUCAUCUUCACUGGUCUGCUUUCUGUGGCUUUUCUGGGGCGUCGCCUGACAGUCAGCCAGUGGCUCGGUAUUCUCACCACCAUCCUGGGCCUGGUGAUAGUGGGCCUUGCCGAUUUCUUCAGCGGUCACAAAGACGACGCUCACAAACUCAGUGACGUCAUCACAGGAGACCUGCUGAUCAUCAUGGCUCAGAUCAUUGUUUCAGUGCAGAUGGUCCUUGAGGAAAAGUUUGUCUACAAACACGACGUCCAUCCUCUUCGUGCUGUUGGAACUGAAGGUUUCUUUGGUUUCUUUGUCCUGUCACUGCUGCUCAUCCCCAUGUAUUUCAUUCACGUGGGCGACUUCAGCGGCAACCCUCGGCAGGUGCUGGAGGACGCGCUGGACGCCUUCUGUCAGAUCGGACACCAGCCUCUCAUCAUGCUGGCUCUGCUGGGCAACACGGUCAGCAUCGCCUUCUUCAACUUCGCCGGGAUCAGUGUCACUAAAGAGAUCAGCGCCACCACCCGCAUGGUGCUGGACAGCCUGCGUACGCUGGUCAUCUGGGUGGUGAGCCUGGCACUGGGCUGGGAACAAUUUCAUGGCCUGCAGGUUCUGGGCUUCUUGGUCCUGCUGGUAGGCGCAGCACUCUACAAUGGACUGCACCGCCCCCUGCUGGUCAGGAUAGCAUUCUGCACUAGGAUGUUGAAUCUAGAGGAGGAGACCAGUGCAGGAGAAAGAGAGAGACUGCUGAACGACAGCAGGGUGCAGGCAGGUGACGAGAGCUAAAACAUGUAAAUGUUUGAACCACUCGGCACAGAUGGCAUCCAAGAGAACUGGUCUGUCAAAGACACUGCACCUUUCAUGAAUGCUGUCAGUGAUAGUCUUUUUAAACAGUUUUUUUUUUUUUUUUUUUUUUUUUUUGUUCACACCUCACAUUUCAACUGACCUCACACAAUGUUAUAAUAUGUGAGAGAAUGGAAGAUUUUUUAAAGAAAUAGUUCAGUAUUUUGGGAAAAUGCACUCUCUUGAUACCAUUCUUAUAUGUGUAGAUUCAGUAUGAAUGUGGUAAUUACACUUACAGUACAGACACAAGAGAGGUAUCAAUCUUGUUGGCUAACUCUCAACAAGAAAGAAAAUUAGAGGAUUUCCUAAAAUGUCAAACUGUUCCUUUAAAGAAACAGAGGGUGGUCUGAGCUUUUAUAUUACAAUAUGGGUUACUUAGGGAUUCAUUUAAUUUAGAGAUAAUUUAUUUGUGUCCUAAUUUUAGAAAUAGAAUUUGAACUCACUGAUUUUAGUGUUUUUUUAGUGGUUUUUAAAUCACAAAAGCACCGGUGUGUAAAUAUAACUGUCAAACGACAGAAUUUAAUGGUUGAAAUCAUUUUGAUGUUUUAUGUAAAUUAUCUUAAAAAGGUCAAUCAUUGUCACUUUGUUUGUGAUAUGUUUACAUGGUCCAGUAUGCAAAUUUUAAUGUCUUAUGAUCAGUUUUAAGAAUGGGUUUUGUUUUUUUAAAUGUUGCUGAGCGUGCAGUAUGUGUGCCAUAGUGUUUCCAAUGUGGAGAUUGUGCACUGAAUGCCAAUUCACUACAGUGGCUACAGAUAUUGGUUAGAUAAUCAAACCGCAGAACCAUUUUUUAAAUCUCAGUUUAGAGGUUAAGAGCGCAGUUUCAGAGGAAUAUGUCUGUAUAUUUGCCCUCUGACCCUUUGACAGAGACAUGUAACAAAAAAAAAGUCAGAGCUCAUACACCACCUGAUCUGCACUUUUUCUUAUAAAUCCUGC